CUUUUUUCUUUCUAAUCAUUACGUGAAAUGAGCGAAAUUAAGUCUUUUGAAAAAGGUGUUGCCCAACCCAAGGCCAAGUUGGAUGGAUCAGGUCUUCGUGUUGCUAUUGUUCAUACACGUUGGAACUAUGCUCUUGUUGACCAGCUAUACAACAAAGUGUACGAAACCUUGGUCGAGAAGUAUAACGUGCUGCCCGAGAAUAUUUUUACUGAUACUGUCUCUGGCUCUUAUGAGCUUCCUAUGGCUGCCAAGCAAUUAAUUGACCUUUCACGAUCACAAGCCUCUGAGACCACUGGCGACUUACUUGGUUCUCCUGCUGUCAGCCAAGUCGAGAAAAAGAAAAAGACAGGUCCAUUUGAUGCUGUCAUCUGUAUUGGUCUUGUUAUCAAGGGAGGAACUGCUCAUUUCGAGUAUAUCUGUGAUGCUGUCACUCAUGGUAUCAUGAGAGUGCAAUUAGAUACAGGUGUACCUGUUAUUUUUGGUGUAUUAACUUGCUAUAAUGAAGAACAAGCUAUUGCCAGAUCUUCUACUCAAGAAGGAUUUACACAUGCAGAAGAGUGGGCUGCUGCUGCUGUUGAAGCAAGCUUGAGAAAAUUCAAAAAACUCUAAAUUGUAUACUUGUAAUAAACAUUUUUGACUUGUAUGUUUGUUGUAGCGAUGUUUACGUAAGCCAAAUUAUCCACUGGCUGUAUGCUUCAAUCUUAUACCAGGAGUCAAUAUGUCUUCCAGUACCAAACAAUAUUAACCAGAGCUUAACAGAAAGAAACUCUAACAUGGUUGAUCAAGCAAGUUUUUGAGUUCUCUCUGCUUGAUUCAUAUUCUUUUUUUACACAUGGGAAAUGGUGUAUUCAACAUGACGCAAAAAAUAAAACUGACAGCUUUGCAAAAAAGCGAUGUUUGACUUUGAGAAGAAAAAAAAAGAUGUGGG